AUGUGCACUGUGAGCUCUGCAAUCCUUGCUUCCUUCCCAUCUCAAGCUGCAUCCCGUCAAGAGACAACCUCCUCCACUGCUCCAGGGUGGCAGGAAGACCUUGACCUUCUUAACCUCACGGCGGACCCACUUCAAGCAUACGGGCCCACCUUUUACCGCCAUGGGCCAUCGCUGCCCAACGCUCCUUCAUUGCGACUCAUGAAGCUCCAUGCCUUCAAUUUCAUGGAUGCUCGCCUGGCUCUCUUUCUCCUGCUUCACCAAGUACACUCUUCCCAUUUUGUCAACAAGCAUCUUCUACUCCGUCCUCCGUAUGAAUACCUUACUCAGACAUCGUCGCAGGGGCAUUUACAGCGAGCCAGUAGCAGUCUCAUUUGCACUUCAAAGACCCUGACUGGAUCGGGGCUCCAACUUUCUUACCUUCCCGCUGCCUUAGUCCCUCGGCACCUUACACUUUCAUUCGACCGCUCGGCCGCCUGCCUCCACGUCUCCAGCCGCUCCCACCAAGCUACCUUUGGACGAUGGACGAAUACAAUCCUGCGAUGCGCGAAUACUUUACCAACAGGCGCCUUCCGUGCCACAUUGACCUCCUAUCGCACCUUGUUCCCACCACGGCCUAUUAGCUCAGAGCUGUAUAGAUGGUAUUCUCUCUCACCGAUUCAAUUUGCGCCUAACUCGGCACGCCGCACGCCAACCGCGAAACUUGCCUUUCCCCUCCUGCUCUCGCCCUUCUCCAAAUCUAGUCCCCCAACUCGCAAACGCCUCGCGGAUACAUCGCCCCGACCCUACCACGCCGUACAAAAAUGGCCCGCCGGCGACCUGACCCAUCCCUGUCUGGCAUUGUCAGGGGAGGGGGGCAACCCCGACGUCCCACCCUUCUCUGAGCCGUUCAAAAACCUGUUGCGGAUAUCCUGUCGUUCACUCGCGGACUGCUAUCGCCUUUCGAGCAACCCUCAGGCCCUUGUCAGCAAGUAUCAAAAUAGCGUGCCAUUUUGUCAGCCUCGGUCUGUUCAAAUCAAGUCAACCGGGCGUUGCCAGCAUAAACGUCUGCGGCAGUUUAUGGCGAUCAAUGCAUUCUACCACAGGGGCCUCUUCAGUCUGAAUUCCGACGUCAAACAGGCCAAGAACUACCCGAACCACUCUGACGCACCCGCCACGACAUCGCCAAAGCCGUUCCCGACAGCUUUCCGUAGAAGAUACAAGGACUCCUCGCGACGCAAUCCAACAUUUAUGGAAUUGGCAUCCACCACCGUCACACUCAUCGUGGAGCGUCGCUCAACAGCCAACGCCCCUCGUUGGACGGCCAGGCAAUCGCGAUGGGCGCCUCCCCUUCUUCCAACGCUGAACGCAAUGCUCUCUCUAUUAAUCAUAGCUUGUUGUACUCGGUUAGAUCGCCGGUCCAUGCCGUCCAUCUUGUGGCCCAUCUCCCAUUCAAUUGAGCUGCCGCGGUCAUGCGGCCGGACCUUUACAUUCAUUUUACAACCAAUGGGUCAAGAACAGGGGAUACUCGCCCAUAUCCGGUCCACUCUUUCGUCACAAGACUUGAUAUGGCAGUCAGAAGACAAGCACAAGCGCCUUUUCGGUCUAGGGAACCAGACGCUCAAAUCGUUUUCGGUAUUCCCAUUGGACAUAAAUUCCGGAUUCGUCACCAGCUUCGGGCUGAUGGUCACGUACGGAUACAAAGACUUGCUAAACCCCUCGACGCAAUGGCGCGCAAAUGUGAAUACCUACCUCAACGGAGAGGAGAGUAUGGCCGGAAGGUACAACUAUGAUUGGGGCAUGAUCCAGGUUGCGAUCCAGGGUCGACCAGCAUCCACCCGCGGUGGCCCGCAACCAUCCCCGACUCAACCCUCACCCGAAGCAGUAUCUGAUCGCUCUAACCGUAGCUUCGCAUCAAAGGCUGAUUCGGAGACCCAUCUACUCCAUCUUUCCCUUGGCAUCUUCCCGCCGCUAGGUAGUUACGACGACGAGAGCAGUCUGCCCAUCAACUUUAUUUCAAAAGCUUUCGGAUACGAGGGAAAAUCUCAGGCUCUGCUGCUCUACCUGGUCGAAGUAGCAGGAAUUCACAACCAAGCCAUUGUUUCAAGCCAUGAGAAGCUCGGGCUUUGGGAAUUUAGCCAGACACGAGGACUUUCAUUUGACACAGCGGAUGACCGCAUCCACGUUCUCAUAUGCCAAUUAGUCAUUGCCCUCCUCGACGCCUGCUUCAGCGUCUGGUCCAUUGGUAGACUACCUCCGAUCAAGGCUGCAUUUGGUCUUUUUGAAAGUACCACCUACGCCUGCACGCACGAGACGUCCUCCACCAACUCUGCCCUUUGGAGCAGCAAUCUAGGAGGAUGCUCGGGUGGAGCGCAGCUUGCUUGUUCCCGAGCCCUCCCCCAAAACCCGCUGGAACUGACUGGGCUGGUCGACUCAUGUCGCCUUGGAGCGAGCAGGGGACCUGGGCAGCACGAGCAACAUUGCAGCGCAGCAUCCGCCGCCGCCGCCGUCUGUGUUGCCCCUGCGCCUAUUUACCCUUCCCUGCAGCCGUUCUCCCGUGGUCUGUGUCCUAUCGCCCGCCGUUCGCCUCAUCUGUAUCUGAUGCAAGGUACGGAUACACUCAUCUGCUCGCAAGCAAUCUCGAGUCGAACUCGAGACGAAAGGGCCAAGAUCGCUGGAUGGAUGUCGACUGCUACCAUACUCCGCAAUCGACCUUUCCUUGCUUCGCAUAUCGCGGACUCGGACCCGGGACCCCUCGCCGCGGCCGACCCACCACCAACUAGCACGUCCCGCCCAGCAGUAGCAAACAAAAAUCGGGACUUGCGAGAGGAAGGGGAGAUAAAAGAGACCGCGAGACAUGGGCGCCCUCCAUCCCCCCUCUUUUAUUUUCGUUCUACUGAGGAAAACCAGGUCCGUGGCUGCUGUCAUUCCGCCGGGCACGUUUCUCGUCGGGGAAUUGCAGUGAAGUGCAUCGCGCCAGUAGGUAGUGCCGAGUCCGUCUCGAGACAAGCCUCUGCUUUAAGCGCCGACGUUGCCCUCGAUCCAGGGAGUCCCCCGUCUGGCUCACCCACACACCCGCCCGCCAUCCCCCACCCCUCCUCUGCCUUUCACCCCAUGCCCUGUAGGAGGAGUGAGGCAGAAGACGAAUUCCUUUCUCUGUCUCUCUUCCACCACCUCUUCCUUUCCCAUUCGCACGCGGAGCAAAGUAGUGCAAGCUGGCCAAGGGGAUACACGCCCGGUACGGACACAUGCGUUGAGCCUUCUUGCAGAAAGAAGAAUAUGCAACCCACGCUUCUCUUGGGAGGCAUCUGCGGCCGCAGGACAAGAGGCCCUCGGCUAUGCAGGUUCGCCCACGAUUUGGGCUCCGUGACUUAUUCUCCCAUUGAGUUGCUGCUGCUGGGUGAACUUCAGAUGGUGGCGCGUGUGGGGGCAGCCACGCGAAAGCGCACGGCGCAAGAUGAUGGCGGUGCCGUGCACGCACGCACGAGCGCGAGGCUGGCACGGCUGGCUAACGAGAAAGAAGCCACGCUCCUCCGCGGCACGGCGGGCUUGUCCUGUCAGGCACGCGCCGCCCGGCAGCCAGCCUUUAGUGCCCGACGGCUUCGCGGCGAGGAUGGGAACCACGGAUCACUCGAACUGUUAUGGACGGGAUGGGCAGUCAAGUGUCUAGGUAGUGUGGGCUUUUGGCUUCACUACCGUACCGUGGAGUCUGGACCCUAA